AUGCCUCAAAACGAAUAUAUCGAACAGCACAUAAAACAACAUGGUAGACGAUUAGACCACGAAGAAAGAAAACGUAAGAAGGAAGCCAGAGAAGGUCAUCGAAUUGCUAAAGAUGCUCAAACCUUAAAGGGAUGGAAGGGUAAACAAUUCGCCAAGAAGAGAUAUAGUGAAAAGGUAGCCAUGAAGAAGAAGAUCAAGGCUCAUCAAGAAUCUAAAAUCAAAGGUCCUUCUACUCCAAAAGUUGAUGAUGGUGAAGCUUUACCUACAUAUUUAUUGGAUCGUCAAACUGGAAAUACUGCAAAAGCUAUUAGUUCAAGUAUUAAACAAAAAAGAUUGGAAAAGGCAGAUAAAUAUUCAGUUCCAUUACCUAAAGUUAGGGGUAUUUCUGAAGAAGAAAUGUUUAAGGUUAUUAAAACCGGUAAAUCAAAGACUAAAUCUUGGAAGAGAAUGAUUACAAAACAUACUUUUGUAGGAGAAGGUUUCACUCGUAGACCAGUCAAGAUGGAAAGAAUUAUUCGUCCUGCAGCAUUAAGACAGAAGAAGGCUAAUGUGACUCAUCCGGAAUUGGGUGUGACUGUUUUCUUACCUAUUUUGGGUGUGAAGAAGAAUCCUCAAUCACCAAUGUAUACACAAUUAGGGGUUUUAACUAAAGGUACAAUCAUAGAAGUUAAUGUCUCUGAAUUGGGAUUGGUUACUGCUGGUGGGAAAGUUGUUUGGGGUAAAUAUGCACAAAUCACAAAUGAACCUGAUAGAGAUGGAUGUGUAAAUGCUGUUUUGUUGGUAUAA